AUGUUGCCGCAUUUAUUUUGGUCGAAACAAACUUCUUCAGAAAAAGAAAAUAAUUCGCGUAUUAAUUCGCCAGCUGAAAAAGAUAAUGAAUUGAAUGGGUUGGAAAAUGAGGACCAAGAAGAUGGACCAUAUGUUUAUGAUUCAAAAAUUAUAUCUGAAGUUUCUGCUGCCGGAUCAGCUAGUAAACCUGGUAGAAAAAAAAGUAUGUAUUCUCCUUGCCAUUAUCGGCUUGCCCCGGGUGAAAGAGGAAGAUUUAAGAACGAAAUUUGGCAUUGGAAGAAAGAAGGCUAG